AUGAAUGCACGAUCACAAACAUUUGAAUUUGCUGUUGAAGGUCGACAAAUAGAUGAAGUUGUUUCUUGUAUGUUUCAUACAAUUUUAUUUCAUCGUUGUGUUGGAAAAUAUCAUACCAAUGGUGAAGAUAGUUAUUCAGUUGGAACUUUAGGUUAUACUGAUGUUGAUUGUGAUUAUAUUGAUUUUACUUAUCUUCAAGUAACUAGUCAAGAACUUCAACGUGCUGUAGCUGAAAAAAUAAAUCAAUUUCAUGAUAAACUUCGUUCAUCAGAUUCAAAUCGUAGUGGACAGAUUACACUUGAAUUUUAUCAAAAGAAAAAAUCUCGUUGGAUGUUUAAACCAGAAGAAAUUCCAUGGGAAAUAUGGACUAUUAAAAUUGAACAAAUGCAAUUAUCUAGUGAAAAUGAACGACAAUUCAUGCGUGAAAAACUUUCUGAUUCAUUGACAGAACGUAUCUUUCAAAUAACUGAAAUAAUUAAUAAACCUGAUUAUGUACCUAAACCACCACAUUUAUCAGAAUUGGAUUUAGUUUUUGAUACAUCAUAUACUGAUAUUCAACCAUAUUUAUUUAAAAUUCACUUCAGUGAUUCACCAACGAUUGUUAAUCAUAAUGUUCGUAUACCAUUUUGGGAAUUUUUAAAAACAUCAUUUCAAGCACGUUCAAAUCCUGAAGCUAGUUAUCAUCGAAAACGUAUUGGUGGUUUUCAACCGAUUAAAGCAGAACUUUUUCCUAAUAAAACAUAUUAUUGGUGUUCAUGUGGUUAUGCACAACAUCAAGCAUUUUGCGAUAAAUCAUGUAAACAUUUGCGAGGUGACUUUAGUCCAUUAAAAUUUACAUCAGCAAAAUUUCAAAUGGCUGAAUUAUGUAUGUGUAAAUUAACUGAAAAAGCUCCAUAUUGCGAUCAAUCAUGUCAUACACGUUUUUCUGGUAUGCAAUUACGUAUGGGUAAUGCUGUUAAUGGAACAUAUUCAAAUGUAAAAGAAUUUCUUAAUACAAUACCAAAAGGUGUUGAUAGUUAUCGACAAUUUGCUGCUGAUCGUCAAGCUAAACUUGAAUAUACAGAACGUUUAAAAAGAAAAGUUGAUGAUGAAAAAAAUAAAAAAUAUUCAGACAAAAAAUAG